AGCCGCGCGCCGCCUGGAGGGGCCACGUCCUCCGCCCUUUUCACAGUGCUUGGUCUGGGAGCCCCCGGUGUCGCCGUGGGUGGGCCUGUUGGGGUGCUGGGAGCCGGGCUCUCUCGCCAUCUUUAGCACUGAACGCGGAAGGGACAGUUCCUUUAUUGGCAAAGGAGACAUGAAAUCGGGUUUAUUAUGCUUUAUUAACUAUUGUGCACCUUCCAGAGAGUUUCGGCUAUUGGGCAGUAUAGAGGUAAAAUAAAUAUUUUAAGUAGACGACAAGCUUCUCUGUUAGUUUCAAGAUAAAUAUUUUGUGGUCUGAAUAAACAUUGCAAGUAGAUAUGCCGGUUAGGACAAAACAAUACCCAAAGUGUAAGGGGGAUAACUUUGUAUUUGGCUGCAUUAACGUGCUAGAGGGCUUGAUUUUCUUUUCAUGGUCCACGCAACAAAUGAUGUACUCUUGUAACGUAGGAUAACAACUACUUCCUCUAAGGCUGUUUAUUCCAUUUAUUUUCCCUUAAGUAUUUCUGAAUUAAGCACGCCCGCCGCUUGCACAUUCCUGCUUACAUUUUGUUCUCUAUACUUCUGAUAUAAAAUUUUGAUUCCCUGUGUUUGAACUUUUGUAACUUUACCGAGGCCUCAACCCGGAGAGCGGCUUUAACUGGAUCCAGUCUGCAGAACAGCCGAAAGACUCCUGAAUUUAUAAACCUUCUGUCAGUGAUAGACAGAAAUUAAAUAUUUUUGUGUGUAAGACAGUGAUAGGCAUCUGUCUUGCUGCUCCAUUGUUAAGUUUGGAGUGUGGUACGACAGCAUAGGCUCACGAUGGGCAAAAGGAAAGAUCAAAGUGUAGAUGGUGAGAGAUCAAGAUGGAUGAUGGAUUUGCUCUUAAAGGUAUGAAAGCAUUUGAAUUGUUAGUAAGAAUGCUGAUUUCUUUUGAAAGAGUGGGCUGCUCUGUAUUGUGUGAACGCUUCAGUAAAGAGCUUUUCUGGUAGAUCUUGCUGGUAGGGGUCCCUCCCCCCCUCUCCCCCGCUUGUGGUUAGGGGAUUAGGGAUUAAAAUCGCAGACACUUUCAUAAGCUGAGAGUGGACAUGAUUACCAGUUCUGAAAUAACUGCCCCUGUUAUUACUGUUUUGCUGCUUGAUGGAGUUCUGCUUUAUUUUAUGACAUGACUGUGCUUCACUUACACAACAUUAAUAAAUGUGGUGUAAUAAACUAUUCUUAAAUUCUCUUGGAAAAACAUGUUCUCACACUAAUGUUCUCAAUGUAGGGUUUGGAGAUGAAAAUAUAUUGGAUUACUUUCUGAAUGCCAAGCAAAUUAAGACAAGAGAUGGAGCUGAAAUCAUCUGGUAUCAUAGAGCAAAUAAUAAGUUACAAAUGAAAGAGGCAAUACAAAGUACAGCUCACAUGAUAGAGGCAGAUAUUCUUCUUCAAGAAGGGGUAGGAAGAAGUGAACCUGUCAUGGCUCAUCCACCUGAAACAUCUAGUGAUAACUCACUACAAGAAUGGCUAAAUGAGGUUAAAAACACUAACAAGGGCAUCAAGCUUGAUUUUAAAAGCUUAGCAGCAGUGAAUCCCUCAAUAAAGCUUCUUGGAGAUCUAAAACUGAGGCAGCCCAUUUGGUUGAAUGCAGAUAUUCUUCCUGGCCCAAAUGGAAGUAACUGUGUAGUAGAUGCAAAGGGGUUCCUAGACACAGUAACAUCAUUUUUCCCAGCUGUGACUUUAUCACUGGGAUGGACAACUGAUUGGAUUAAUCUCAAAUGCAAUAAAGGCUAUAGUUCAGCAAUGGUGCAGGAGAUGGCAGCAAUAUGUAGCAAUCUAGUACAGCCAAUAACAUUUCCUGUAAGAGCCGCUUUGGUGCGCCAGUCCAUAUCUGAACUUACGUGGUUAUUACAGCAAUCAGACAGAUACACUCUGACCAUUUGGACAGGAAAAUAUGAUGAAUAUUCUGUAGAAGAUCUACUCUACAUCAGAGACAGCUUUGAUAAAAAUAGAGUAUUUUAUGAUCUCUUAGAACCGCAAAAUUCUGAAUUCAGAAAAGCCAUAGGAAUGCACAUCACAGCAUAAAGAAAACUGACUGUUCAAAUGAUACCUUGUGGUAUCAUAUCAUUGACUGUGGAAAAUGCAGUGGCUUGGAUUCUAACUUUUAUAUUAUGAUUGGAGCAAAUUACAUGGAAUGAGGCUUUGUAUCUCCCCUUUCCCUCUGAGACAUCUCUCUUCUUCAACUCUGCUUUUGUGGAUUGGUAGAUCUUCGGGAAAAGUGUGGAAUGUUUUGUGAGGAGUCAUAGAUGGAGGGAAAUUUGUGGGGAAAUUAUCCCUCCCCCAUGAAUGCUGUAGUAAUGUAGGAUCCAAGCUCCUUUUUUAAAAUCAAAGAUUAAACCAAAAUAGAAUUAUUGCAGUUCUUAUGUCUUUCAGGACAUUAUCUCUGUACAAGGUUGGAGUUCUCAAAUUGAGAAAAAGGUCUUCCAGAAAUUCUGUUUACUCUGGAGGUCACCAGCUUCGGCACUGACAAAGUGGAGCUGUCCCUUUUCUGUGGCUGCUCUGCAAUCAGACUCACUUUGUUGUCAGGCAGUAGGUGGUUCCAUGGUGUCACUAUGUACAGACAUCUUAAUGGUUGACUUGAGAGAAUGAUUCUGCCAAGCAUUCAUGAUAUAACUGAGGUUUAUUAACGGCACCAACAUCAUUUUGAUUCAUGAUGAGAAAUUAAAUGUUGACUAAUCUUUCCCCUCCCCCUGCCCCAGAGUAGUUUUCUAAAUAAUACAGUGCUGGUUCCCAGUGGGCAUAUACAGUACCUUGUACUGGAAAUCCAUUAACAGCUAUACUUAUAUCUAUGCUCUCAUAAACAUGGAACAUGGUAUGUGACCAACUGCCUAAAGUCAAACUCUGUGAAAUAGCUAGGAUGACCCUCAUCCUUCAGCCAUGAUCGCACCCUGAAGGACUUGGAGCAGGCAUUCUUGAUUCUGUAAUAGUCACUCAGAGCACUGAAAAUGAGCGACUAAGAUGGGCAAGUCCAGAAAAGAGUUACUAUAGCCUAGGCUUAUUUCAUACAUGAAAUUACUUGAGGUGGUGGUGAGUUUGAAGUGAUGAAAGAGAUUUAUACCUUACCUAUGAAAAGUCAUGCAACAGUAAACAAGCUAGUUUUUAAAGUACAGCAGGCUUAUUUAUCACUAUACUUGUAAGGUGCCUGUGGGAAAAACUGCAUGCCCUGUUCUCAAAUACCAUUUUUCCUUCCUUGCUUUGCUCUUUUGUUGUCUGUGCUAUCUAUAUUUUCUGUCACUGUGGCUUAUCACAUUGCUCCCACUGCUUUAUUUGGCCUCCUGCCUUCCGUGCUACAUCUGUGCACAGUGAACUGUCCAACUUAAUAUUGGGCCUUUGACGUUAAUAAGGCCCGAUUGCUACAAAGGACCGGUGUGACCUGAAACAAAAUGUUGCUGUAUGGAAUGCUCUUGCUCAAAGGUCUAGCCAGCCAGUCAUACCCAUUUCCGGAUACUCUGUUCCCCUGCCUCCCAAUUUCUUCCCUUCUCCCACCUCUUCCUGCAGUCAGUCAGCAUUCUUUGCCCACUGAGCUUGCUCGGUCCUCACUGAUUUGCUCUGUGGAUUUCUCAAACCUGCCAAUUCCUACCUUUUGUCUGUAGCUUAUGCGAAUUUGGCUAUAGGAUGAAUGAGUUUGCUGUUAAGAUUAGGAUAUAAUGGCACUAAGAAUGAGGUUUUCAGAGGCCUGCUUUGGGUUCUGAUUCACGGGCUAACAUAUAGCACUGAGCUACCUUGGGCAGUCGGGCAGUACUGUUUUUGAGUUGGUGCCACAGCUCUAGAAUUCUCUCAUGCUUCUUAUUCCCCUGCCUUCAACCAGCCUUCCUUCUGUGAAUAGAAAGGCUACAGUCAAGUGGUGGCCCCUGUUCAUGACAAGGGAUGGGGAAGCCGCUUUUAUGAAUUGUCCCUACAGGCUCCUGUAGAAUUUCCAAACAGCUCCAUUAGUUCAUCAUCAUCUUUUAGAAAAGAUUUUCACGGGGGGAAUGUGAAAUAUUGCUUUGUAACUUCAACUCACAGAAUCAUUUGAUCCAGCCUCUUUUUGCACUCCUCUUGUGUGUACACCAGUCUGCCCCAUCCUGAUGUUCUUCCUAUAUUUGGGAGUUCAACUUCCAUCAUCCCCACUAGUAUGGCCAAUGGUCAGUUGUAGUGCAAAACUCCUAUAGGACACCAGGUUGGGAAAGACAUUACAAUACAGAGAUUAGAUAGUUUCCGGAGUCCUAGCAUUCUUCUCAUUCUAUGCUUAAGUAUUUUAGUUAAUAGCAUUUGAAGACUAUUUUAUGGAAGUGUACAGUCCCUGUUUGUUAUGUUACCCUGUAUUAUUAUGGAAAAAACAGGGUAGGGGAAAAGCAAGCUUGAACUGAUGCCAAUAACCUUUUUUUUUUUUUUUUUAAAGGAAACAGUGACUAAUUUUCUGAAUACACCAGCUCUUGCCCUCUCUGCGUCCUACUGUGCUGCUUUAGUAGAUGGAGAUGGAUCUGUUUUUCCCUCCUCAUGGUGCAAGAAUCUUAAUUUCUGCACCAUAGAGUUAAUGUAAUUUCUUUAUUGAUUUUAUGUUUCUAGCUUUGUCUGAUUAGAACAACUAAUCACAUUUAUACCAAAUGAACAACACUUUUGAACAGGACAAGUAAAAGGAAGCACUUUGACACACAACAUAUAAAUUAAGAGAUUUGCUAAAACUAAUGUGAUGGCCAUCAGUUUGGCUAUCUUUAAGAGAGGGUUAGAAAAGAGAGGGAUAAAUCAAUCAGUGGCUACUGGUCAUAAUGGCUUUAUAUUACCUCCGGGAUUGGACACCGUGUCCCCCUGAAUAUGAAUUGCUGGGGUGCUGGUCUCUUUCUGGCCUGAUGGUUGGCUUCCUGUAGGCAGCCGGUGAGCCCCUGUAUGAGGCGAAUGCUGGAGUAGAGGCCUUUAAUCAAACUAUGUUCUUGUUAAGGUCUCAUGAAGAAUCACUUCUCAAAAGCUCCUGAAAAUAAGCAUGCUUUUGUUUCUUAAACACCUUUGGUUCUGAUACGUCCACUGUAGAGAACAGGACAUGAUGGAGGGCUUUUACUGAUGAAAUCGCCAUAAGCUGGAGAUAACUUGAUGACACAUAACAAUAACAACAAUUUUAGCAAGUAGAAUUAUUUGCAUCUCACUGUGUUUCACAGCCUGUGAUGUUUCACUUGAGAGGAAUGAAACUCAAGAGGAAUAUUACAUUGCAAAGCUGAAAGGUAAAACAAAUAGUUUUAAUUUCAGCAAAAUAUUAACAUGGAUAAAAUGAAACAUCUACAAAGGGUAAUGUAUUUUGGAAUUCUGAGCAGGCAUAUUGACUCUUUAGCUACCUGUAACAGUUUGUUAAUAUUAGAGUGUAAUUAGUCUUGGAGUGGAACUACAGCAUUAUAGUUUGUUUCUGCAAAUUAAUUUUGCAGCAAAAGGAAAUACCACUUCUCUUCUUAAACAUCUGUUUCCUUUUAGCAUUCAACAUUCAGGUCCAAGCUUUUUGUAUAUUGACAGAAGACACAUCCAAUAUCGUGAGUCUUUUUCUAUCUAUUUUCCAUGUAGUGAUAAUUAUAAAGCCUUUUGUUAAAAUUUGAAUAAUUUUUUUCUAUACUUCCUGUAAGACCUAUGUUAUCUCCCAUACAAAGCUGUGCCGUGUUUGGAAACUGAAAAAUUUUAUCCUUAUAGAUACAGGUUAUCUCUUUCAUAUUACCAAUGCCUGUGUGCACUAGAGAAUACAUAAAGGAAACCUUAAUGGUUCUAAAAUGAUUUGUUGUUACAUGAUCUCUUUCUUCAGCCAUAAUAAAGCUGCUUCUGAAAUUA